CUUAACACGCUCUUCCUCGCCCCUGGGCUCGCGGAGCGCGCGGCUAAAAACCCGGCCGCAGAACAGUCGGCAUUAAGGCCAGCAUGUCCCCAAAGCGGGUCUCGUGCUGGGCAGCUCUGGGCCUGCUGCUGUGCGGCUGUGCGCUGGCGCUGCAGGGCGGGAUGCUCUUCCCGAGGGAGACCCCGUCCCGGGAGCUCAAGGCGCUGGACGGACUAUGGAGCUUCCGCGCUGACCUCUCCGACAACCGGCUGCUGGGCUUCGAGCAGCAGUGGUACCGGCGGCCGCUGCGGGAGUGGGGCCCAACCCUGGACAUGCCAGUUCCCUCCAGCUUCAAUGACAUCACCCAAGAGCCAGAGUUGCGGAACUUUAUUGGCUGGGUAUGGUACGAGAGGGAAGCAACCCUGCCUCAACGAUGGACACAAGACACAAGGAUGAGAGUGGUGCUGAGGAUCAACAGUGCCCAUUACUAUGCCGUCGUGUGGGUGAAUGGGAUUCAUGUGGCAGAGCAUGAGGGGGGCCACCUCCCCUUUGAGGCUGACAUCAGCAAGCUGGUCCAGAGUGGGCCCCUGUCCUCCUGCCGGAUCACCAUUGCCAUCAACAACACACUGACUCUCCACACUCUGCCUCCUGGGAUGAUCAUCUACAAGACUGAUACCGCCAUGUAUCCAAAUGGUUACUUUGUCCAAGAGACAAGCUUUGACUUCUUUAACUAUGCGGGACUGCAUCGGUCUGUGGUCCUCUAUACCACCCCUACCACCUACAUUGAUGACAUCACUGUGACCACUGAUGUGGACCAAGAAAAUGGGCUAGUGAAUUACCAGAUUUCUGUCCAGGGCACUGAACACUUCGAGCUAGAAGUGCGACUUUUGGAUGAGGAAGGCAAAGUCGUGGCCCAGGGAACAGGGGACCAGGGUCAGCUGUGGGUGCCCAGUGCCCAUCUCUGGUGGCCUUACCUGAUGCACGAGCACCCUGCCUACCUGUACUCCUUGGAGGUGAGGAUGACCGUACCAGCUGGGCCUGUGUCUGACUUCUACACCCUCCCCGUAGGGAUUCGCACGGUGGCUGUCACAGAGAGCAAGUUCCUUAUUAAUGGGAAGGCUUUCUAUUUCCACGGAGUCAACAAGCAUGAGGAUGCAGACAUUCGAGGAAAGGGCUUUGAUUGGACAUUGGUGAUGAAGGACUUCAACCUCCUACGCUGGCUCGGUGCCAACUCCUUCCGAACCAGCCACUACCCCUACGCAGAGGAAAUUCUACAGCUCUGUGACCGCUAUGGGAUUGUGAUCAUCGAUGAGUGUCCUGGUGUGGGCAUCGUGCUGCCCCAGAGUUUUGGCAACGAGUCUCUUCGGCACCACCUAGAGGUGAUGGAGGAGCUGGUGCGCAGGGACAAGAACCAUCCAGCUGUCGUGAUGUGGUCUGUGGCCAAUGAGCCCUCUUCUGCACUGAAACCCGCUGGUUACUACUUCAAGACGCUGAUCACCCACACCAAAGCCCUGGACCCCACCCGGCCUGUGACCUUUGUGACCAACGCGAAAUAUGAUGCAGACCUGGGGGCUCCCUAUGUGGACGUGAUCUGUGUGAACAGCUACUAUUCUUGGUACCACGACUAUGGGCACUUGGAGGUGAUUCAAUUGCAGCUGAAGACCCAGUUUGAGAAAUGGUAUAAGACUCACCAGAAGCCUAUUAUUCAGAGCGAGUAUGGAGCAGAAGCAAUCACAGGGUUUCACCAGGAUCCGCCUCUCAUGUUCAGUGAGGAGUACCAGAAGGCUCUCCUGGAGAAUUACCAUUCAGUUCUAGAUCAGAAACGCAAAGAAUACGUGGUUGGAGAGCUCAUCUGGAAUUUUGCCGAUUUCAUGACUAACCAGACACCACUGAGAGUUAUAGGGAACCGAAAGGGAAUCUUCACUCGUCAGAGACAACCCAAAACUGCGGCAUUUCUUUUGCGAGAGAGAUACUGGAGGCUUGCCAAUGAAACCAGGUAUCACCAUUCAUUGCCGAAGAUACAGUGUUUGGGAACCAGACCAUUUACAUUUUAAAGCCAAAACUACCUCACUGCCAGCGUAACCUCUGCUCCCCAAAUGAAAGGCAGUUUCUCAACAGAGCAGGUGCCCUGUUCAUAACACCCAGAGGACUUCUGGUUUGGAUUUUGUGGUGAUCUGUUAGAAGGGGACAUUAGAGGUGACAAUAAAACUUCUCUAAUAUGGGA